UUCUCCCAUUCUCGUUUCCAGUUUCAUUGUCAUUCUUUUUGUAUAAUAGCCAUUAAUUAUGGCUGACGAAGUUCAGAUGAAUGCUCAGGCAGACGAGGUGCCGAUUGUGGAUGUUGCCGACGUGCCACAAGAUGAGAAAUCUCCGUUGGUUCCGGCGGUUGCAGCGAAAGAGCCACCGCCGGCACCUGAAAGCGAUGAAGAAUCAGUGAAGCCGAACCAGGCUGGGCGUAAGGAGGCUUUAGAGACUAAGACAUCGGAUGCGGUGACAAAUGGUGAUGGUGAUGAAAAAGUUCCUCAGUCCGGUUCUUACAAGGAAGAAAGCACUAGGGUUGCUGAUCUUGUCGACAAUCAAAAGAAAGCUGUCGAGGAACUUAAAAUGCUUGUUCGAGAAGCCCUCGACAAGCAUGAGUUUUUUGGGUCUGCAAUGCCACGACAACAACAAGAGCCACAGGAUGAAUCUGUCAAAGAAGAGCCCAAAUCAGAAGAAGAAACAAAGAACCAAUUGCCGAAGGAAGAAAGCAUUGAAUCGGUAGAUACAGAAGAGAAGGCUGCUGCUUCUGUUGGCUCUGCCUCUCCGGAAGAUGACGGUGCCAAGACUGUCGAAGCCAUCGAAGAUACAGUCGUUUCGGUCUCUUCUUCAGUUCAAACAGAGCAAUCACCGGAAGCAGCUAAAGAACCAGUAGAAGCAAACGCCGAUCCGGUGCCGGAAGAACAAAAAAAAGAUGAUGCUAAAAAAGUGCUCCCACAGGAGAUAUCUAUAUGGGGCGUACCACUUCUCGCAGACGAAAGAAGCGAUGUCAUUCUCCUGAAAUUUCUAAGAGCCAGGGAUUUCAAGGUGAAGGAGGCAUUCACCAUGCUCCAAAACACCAUCCGUUGGCGAAAAGAGUUCGGCAUCGAUGAACUUGUGGAACAAGAUUUGGGUGAUAACUUAGAGAAAGUGGUGUUCAUGCACGGUUUUGACAAAGAAGGACACCCGGUGUGCUAUAAUGUGUUCGGGGAGUUCCAAAACAAGGAGCUUUACCAGAGAACAUUCUCUGAUGAAGACAAGAGGCAAAAUUUCUUGAGAUGGAGAAUCCAAUUCCUGGAAAAGAGUAUCAGGAAACUAGAUUUCAGCCCCGGUGGAGUAUGCACUAUUGUUCAAAUCAAUGACCUCAAGAAUUCCCCGGGACUUACCAAAUGGGAGCUUAGACAAGCAACCAAACAAGCGCUUCAGUUGCUGCAGGACAACUACCCAGAAUUUGUAGCCAGACAGAUGUUCAUCAAUGUACCAUGGUGGUACCUUGCAGUCAAUAAGAUGAUAAGUCCAUUUUUGACACAAAGAACCAGAAGCAAGUUUGUCUUUGCAGCCCCUUCUAAAUCUGCAGAUACCCUUUUCAGAUACAUCGCUGCCGAGCAAGUGCCAGUCAAAUAUGGAGGACUGGGCAAAGACGGUGAAUUCGCCAACACCGAUGCCGUCAUCGAGGAAACUGUUAAACCAGCGGCAAAGCACACAGUUGAGUUACCAGUUACUGAGGCAUGUUCUGUGACAUGGGAGGUGAGAGUUGUUGGAUGGGAUGUGAGCUACGGUGCAGAGUUCAUGCCCAGCGGUGAAGACAGCUACACCAUAAUAAUCCAGAAGAGCAAGAAGGUACUUGGUUGUUCGGUGGUGUGCAACAAUUUCAAGACUGGUGAGCCUGGCAAGGUUGUUCUCACCAUCCACAAUCCCACCUCGAAGAAGAAGAAGCUCCUCUAUCGCUUCAAGACCAUGCCAACUACAUCUGAUUAGAAAUAGAACCCCAAAUUGAACAAUGAAAAAUACACUAUAAAAUUUGUCAUUUUGUUUGUUUUGAAUAUUUAAUUUUUAUUUUUUUGAA